AUGGACACGGUGCCUUUCCCUGCCAACGGGACCUCGUCCUCCUGGGACACUCUUCUGAGCAACGCACAAACUCACAAGACUAGCAUUGGAAUUUUGGCGCCUAUUGUUACCUGCUUUCUUUGGUUUCUAGUUUCCUGGCAGACGUCUCCUUUGAAGAAGUAUCCUGGACCGUUCCUCGCAGGAUGGACUAAUCUGUGGCGGCUCUGGCACGUCAUCGACGCCAACUAUGCCCCCAAGAUGAAGAAACUGCACGAAAAGUACGGCCCCAUCGUACGGCUCGGUCCAAAUCUUUUGGAUAUCGAUAUCCCUGAUCUUGUCAAGGCCAUCUACAGUACCGACGGCAAGUGGACUAAGUCUGAUUUCUAUAAGAACAGCAGCUCCAUUAUCAAUGGAAAGAUCACAUAUCACAUGUUCUCGGAGACGGACAAUGUUGAACAUGCUAGAUUGAAGCGGCCUGUGGUGCGACACUACUCCGUGCCUAGCGUUCUGGCUAUGGAGCCGCACAUGGAUCGGGUCAUAAACGACUUCUGCGACCACCUCGAACGUCGCUUCGUGGACACCGGAAAGACCUGCGAGUUUGGGGACUGGUUGGCUUUCUACGCGUGGGAUUUCCUUGGCGCGGUAACGUUCAGUAAGAAGUUCGGAUACAUGGACGAAGGUCGCGACUUCGACGGCACACUUGCCAUUGGAGAUCAAUCGAUCGAUUAUCUUGGACUCUGCGGACAGAUGCCCUGGAUGGAUCAUUGGCUCGACAAGAACCCGGUAUACCCUCUCGGACCUCCUAAUAUCUCCAACGUCACGAGAAUCGCUGUGGAAAACCUCACUGCCAGACUCAAGGGCGAGGACAAGAACUUUGUGCCGGAGAAGCCAGACUUCCUGCAGUACUUCAUCGACUCCAAGAGCACUCAUCCCGAGAUUGUUCACGAGGGCACCAUUAUCGGAUACCUCCUCCUCAACCUGAUCGCCGGCGCCGACACUACCGCCAUCACGAUGCGCGCGCUGUUCUACUACUGCCUCAAGAAUCCUCAAAUCUGGAAACGCCUCGAAUCAGAAAUCCUGGCCAACAUCCCCGCCGACAAACCCGCCCCCUACGCCGCCGCCCGCGCCCUGCCCUACCUCGAAGCCGUCUGCCGCGAGACCACACGCUACCACCCCGCCGUGUCGAUGACAAUGGAGCGCAUCGUGCCCAGCACCGGUCUCACCCUCCCCGACGGAUCCGUCGUCCCCGGCGGCUCCCUCGUCGGCAUGAACCCGUACAUCGUCGGGCGCAACAAGGACGUCUACGGAGCCGACGCGGACGAGUACAGGCCCGAGCGCUGGCUGCAGCAGGACGGCGAGGAUGAUGAGGCAUAUAAGCUGCGCAUGAGGCGGUGGAACGCGGCGGACAUCACGUUCGGGGGCGGCUCGAGGAUUUGUUUGGGCAGGAACUUGAGUCUGAUGGAGGUGUACAAGGUUGUGCCGUCGCUUGUAUCGAAGUUUGAGAUUGAGCUUGUUGAUCCUCAGGAGAAGUGGUGGACGAGUUCGCGGUGGUUUUACCGGACGAAGGGCGUUGUCUGCAAGUUGAAGCGCAGAGCGCCGAAGAAGUAA